CCGCAUAGAGAAAAGCCUCCAGUCCAGCUGACGGGCCUCACCAGCCUCACUGCGCUGUCUACUACCCAGGUACUCGGCUUGAUGUCCAAGUCCGCGCGCAAGAAAUGUUAAAUAGCCCACGUGGGUCUGUUGCUCGCUUUCUCUCGCUGCUUGUCCGAUUACCCGAAAGGGUUGUGUCGUGUGCAUCAAUCACCCCUUACUACUCCUACAAAAGACCCAGAGAAGAUGCCCAGAUGUCGACUCUCUCCUCUGCACCAUCGUCCUUCCACUCGUCCAAGGCGGGAAUUCGCCCACGGAAUCUGCUGCCGUUGCAAGGGGAAUCCCGUUCUUCUGAUUGGGCGGGGACGCGUGCCGAGUCAUAAAUAGUCUGGAAAAUUUGGUGAGUAAUGACGUUGCGUGUCCAGCAGGGUCCUUCAAUUCGUCUUUUCUCUCGUUUGUUUCGCCCACUGUGUUCUGUGUCUUCUCGGGCCUUGUACAUCAUCAUUGUCUUCUUCGCCUUCAUGGUCGGCAUUUGACUAAUAAAAUAGAUCCAUCUCCCGCCUUGUCGGGAGGUCCUGCACGCUCAAAGCACUCAUGCUGUGGCUCUGGUUUCUCCGCGGCCUUUUGCUUCCCAUCACCGGCGCCUUCGCCGUUCCUGUAAAGGAGCAACGGCCAUUGGGCAAUAAUGACUUUCUUGAAUCCAAACCGAACCUCCACAAUGUCGGAGACCACAUAGAAUCUCACUUCAGUGGUUUAACCGGCCGUUUCUUGCAUAUAACAGAUCUUCACCCAGAUUCGCAUUACAAAUUAGGAUCGACGACGGACAGUGCAUGUCACCGAGGGAAGGGACCGUCGGGGUAUUAUGGAUUGGCAGGGUCAGACUGUGAUGCGCCAUUUUCCCUAAUCAACGAAACCUUCCGAUGGGUAGACGAGAACUUGAGAGAUAACAUCGACUUCGUGGUCUGGACUGGCGAUUCUGCGCGUCAUGACAACGACGAAAAGAUCCCCCGCACCGUGGCGGAGAUCGCGUCGCUUAACGAGUUUGUUGCCGGAAAAUUUGUGGAUGUGUUCGACAAGCAGCGCCGUCGCAGUCCCUCGAUUCCCGUUGUCCCUACGAUUGGGAACAAUGAUAUUAUGCCGCAUAACAUUCUCAAAGCUGGUCCCAACGAAUGGACAAAGAAGUUCCUCGACAUCUGGAAGAAGUUCAUACCCGAAGAACAACGUCACACAUUCAUCCAGGGUGGAUGGUUUACUUCGGAGGUUAUUCCCGGCAAACUGGUGGUCAUCAGCCUGAACACAAUGUACUUUUAUGACUCGAACCAUGCCGUCGACGGGUGUGAAUCGCCGUCGGAACCGGGCUACGAACAGAUGGACUGGCUGCGUGUACAGCUCCAACUUCUGCGCGAGCGCAAGAUGAAGGCCAUCCUAAUAGGUCAUGUUCCUCCAGCUAGAUCGGGUUCCAAGCGUAAUUGGGAAGAGUCUUGCUGGCAGAAGUAUGCCUUGUGGAAGUAUCAGUAUCGUGAUAUUAUUGUUGGAAGUCUCUAUGGUCACAUGAAUAUCGACCACUUCAUGAUGCAGGACAGCCACAAGAUCAAAAUUGCGGAUUUGGAUCUGGAUAACGCAUUCUCCGAUGACGAUGAGCAAUCAUCCAAAGAGCUUUCAGCCAGGUCUCAAUCGACCUAUCUAGCCAGCCUUAGAGAGCAAUGGUCCAAGUUACCAUCUCCGCCGUGCGAUCCCCUGUUUGACGAUGACUCUGUUGGCGACUGGUCUGCCACGGAUCCUACUACAGAUGAUGGCAACCAUUCACCAGAUGCUCAAAAGUCGAAGAAAAAAAGGCGAUUUUUGAAGAAGAUCGGCGGGCCUUGGGCCGAGCGAUAUAGUGUGUCGCUUGUAGCCCCUAGCGUUGUCCCAAAUUUCUACCCAACGCUGCGGGUAGUCGAGUACAACAUUACAGGCCUACAGAGCUCAGCUAUCCGGGCUGAUACUUUAGUUGAUCUUAAAUGGAGCCGCGAAUUGCAUUCCCGGCAGGUUGAAGAUUCCAACACCGAGUCAUAUAUAGAACGCAAACCGUCCCUGGGAGAAGAAGCCGACAAAAAGAAGAAGAACAAGGACAACAAGAAAAAGAAGCCCCGGUUUAAAGUGCCACGUCCACCAUCGUCGACGGCUCCUCCAGGUCCGGCAUACUCCAACCAGCCCUUAACGUGGCUCAGCUAUACUCAAUAUUAUGCGAAUAUAACCAAGAUAAAUGACAAGAUAGCCAACCUAGGAGAGUUGUCAGCAAAUGAGAAAGGUUAUGGACAUGAUAAUGCCCACUAUCCUCUCGAAUUUGAAGUCGAGUACGACACGAAAGUGGACGACGUCUACAGACUGCAGGAUCUCACAGUGCGAAAUUUCUUCAGACUUGCAUCCUGGAUUGCGAAAGAAGACCCCGAAACGAAAAAUAUGGGCUCGUUAUCAUCCUCUUUUUGUGAUUAUUCCGAUUCUCCUUCGACUGAGCGGGAUCAGUCAUUGGAGGGGAAUCGCAGACUGGAUGAUGAUAUACAUAAUGGUGAUGACGACGAUAACGAUGUACAUGAACAGAAGAAGGGGGGCAGGAAGAACAAGAAGAAGAAGAAGAAGAAGAAGAAGAAGAACAGGGUGUGGAUAAAAUUUCUGGAACGAGCCUUUGUGGGAUUUUUAGACGCGAACGAGAUUGAUGACCAGCUGGAUCAAUGACUUUCUUUCCGGCUACCCAUUCUUUGCAUGCUCAUAUUCAUAUCUAUAUUUGGGUUGGGAUUGCAUGUAUAACGGUUGUUCUGGUUAUUCUUGUGGCUGUAUUAAGCAGGCAAUUUUCUGGUCUUUUACCUAUCAUUCUUGGGGUAUUUAUUUUUAUGGGAACCUUUUACAUUAGAGGAUAUCUACAAUUUUGAUGAGACUGGCUUCACUAUGGGCCUAGUAGCUACUGCCUGAGUGACUACUAAAGCUAAUUAUUAUGGAAAAGCAUGUCUCAUACAGCCAGGCAAUCAGGAAUGGGUUACUUUGAUUGAGUGUAUCAACUCUACUGGUUGGGCGCUUCCUCCAUGCACUAUCUUUAAAGGGAAGGUCUAUAUAGAGGGCUGGUAUCAAGAUCCAAUACUCCCAUGUAAAGGGGGGCGUACGUGCGUUGUUCCCUGCGACAGGAGCCGGGUUGUGAUCGAGGGAUCUCAGGGAUGGACACACUGAACGAUCUAAUAAGGAAACGAUAUAAUAAAAGAAGAAACACAACGACGAAGGAGCCUCGCUCCGUUCUAUACGAUGAUGACGAUACCAGCGAAGCAACCUAGAAACCAAAAGAAUGCUCAAUUUCUCGUAACUAUCUGGGAGGAAACCCUCCAUUAAGUCCUCUCCGGCCGCGGGCUCCACCAUACAUUAGUAUGUCGGAGACCGCGACUCUACGGCGUUCUACGAUAGGAAAUAUGGGAGAACCGGGAUUUCGCAGUGCCCCCGGCACACCUUGAUGUAAUACUAGGUAGGUCCUGUGGAUGAAAUAACAAUAAAAAAAUAAAACAUGCAACAGCCGGGAUUCGCUGGUGGUCACCCACCCAACUACUAACCGGCCGGCGUGUGGCUUAAGUACGGCUGAGCGGACGGGAAGCCCUG